AGGGCAGUUGGGCCUCGUGAGGCACGCGGAAGGAGUCGCCAUGUUGCGCCGCGAGGCCCGCCAACGCCGGGAGUACCUGUACCGCAAAGCGCAGGAAGAGAAACAGCGCACCAUUGAAGAGAAAAAGGAGAGAGUCAAGAAAGCCUUAGAUGAAAAUCGGCUCAUCCCCUCCGAGCUCCGGAAGGAAGCUUUGGCCCUGCAGGAGGCCUUGGAGUUUGAUGACAAAGGUGGAGAAGGUGUGUGCAGCCAUGUGGACGAUGAAUACCGUUGGGCCGGAGUGGAAGACCCCAAGAUCAUGAUCACCACCUCCCGAGACCCCAGUUCCCGCCUCAAGAUGUUUGCCAAGGAGCUGAAGUUGGUGUUCCCAGGGGCGCAGCGCAUGAAUCGGGGGCGACACGAGGUGGGCUCGCUCGUCCAGGCCUGCAAGGCCAACGGCGUCACCGACCUGCUGAUGGUGCACGAGCACCGUGGGACGCCUGUCGGGCUCAUCGUCUGCCACCUGCCCUUUGGUCCUACGGCCUAUUUCACGCUCUGCAAUGUGGUGAUGCGGCAUGACAUUCCAGAUCUGGGCACUAUGUCCGAGGCCCUGCCCCACCUCAUCCUGCACGGUUUCUCCUCCCGCCUCGGGCAGCGGGUCUCCAGCAUCCUCAAGUAUCUGUUCCCGGUGCCCAAGGAAGACAGCCACCGCAUCAUCACCUUCGCCAACCAGGAUGACUAUAUAUCCUUCAGGCACCACGUGUACAAGAAGCCCGAUCACCGCACCGUGGAGCUGUCCGAAGUGGGGCCCCGGUUUGAGAUGAAGUUGUACAUGAUCAAGCUGGGCACGCUGGAAAACGAGAACACAGCCGAAGUGGAAUGGCGCUGGCACCCUUACACCAACACUGCCCGCAAGAGGAAGUUCCUGAGUGUGGAGUAGGAGACUCACCCCACCUCUCUCCCCCACUCCACCUGACUCUCCCCCCGAACGGGGCUCCACGCGGCAACCGUUCGGCUCCACCCUUGGGCUCCCCGCUUCCCUUCAGGGAGGACCCGGAGCCCCCGUGCCCUGGGCCACAGACUUUAUUUUCCUUCAUUGUCAGUACAAUAAAGACAGUCUCUCACUGAAA